AGAAGAGGGAGCGAGGAGCGGCUGGGGCGCGAGCUCCUGCCUUCCCCCGCGGCGCCCGGCCGCUGGCAGCCUCGUGCGCUCGCCGGGGUCGCCGCUCUCCGGUCCCGCGCGCACCAUGUGGCAGGCGACCCGGCCCUUACCCCGCGCGCCCUGGCGUUGGGCGCUGGCGCUGCUGGCCCUUGGCGGCGUGGAGCUGUGCCACGCCGGCCCGCAGCCCGCGUACCCCGCGCGGCCCAGCGCCAGGAACAAGAACUGGUGCGCCUACAUCGUGAACAAGAACGUGAGCUGCUCGGUGCUGGAGGGAAGCGAGAGUUUUAUCCAGGCUCAGUACAACUGUGCCUGGAACCAGAUGCCCUGUCCGUCGGCGCUGGUGUAUCGGGUAAACUUCAGACCCAGAUAUGUCACUAGGUACAAAACAGUGACACAGUUGGAAUGGAGGUGCUGCCCUGGCUUCAGGGGAGCAGACUGCCAAGAAGGUCCCAAAGACCUCAAGAAGACCCCCCGCCCCACGCCUGCUCGGCCUCGAAACAGUGUGAAGAAAGCUACAGAUACUGAACCAAGCCAAGUCUCACAGCCCAAGGAGACUUUGUCACCAACUCCUGCAGCACAACCAAGUCAGGCAGCAGAUACCAAACAGGGGCCUCAAGAACUCCAGGAAAAGAAAAUUCAAGUGCUUGAGGAGAAAGUUCUUCGACUCACAAGGAUGGUUCUGGACCUCCAGUCUUCCAUGGCAGGAGUGAAUGAGAACCUCAAGCAUGCCAGUCAGGAUGACACCAGCAACCUACGCCCCCAGCCAGCACCUGAUAGUGAUGUUGCUGGAGACACAGACACUGUCCAGCCUUCUGGCCUCCUCAAUACCAAGGAAUCUGGCAUGAAGGACAUCAAGUCCGAAUUGGCCGAAGUCAAAGACACUCUGAAGACUAAAAGUGACAAGCUGGAAGAGCUGGAUGGGAAAGUGAAGGGUUAUGAAGGGCAACUCAAGCAGCUGCAAGAGGCUGCCCAGGGCCCCACAGUGACCAUGACCACCAACGAGCUGUUCCAAGCCUAUGUGGACAGUAAGAUGGAUGCCCUGAGAGAGGAGCUCAUGGAGGGUCUGGACAGAAAACUGGCUGACCUGAAGAACACGUGUGAGUACAAGCUGGUGGGCCUCCAACAGCAGUGUGAUGACUACGGGAGCAGCUACCUGGGGGUGAUAGAGCUGAUCGGGGAGAAGGAAGCAAGCCUGAAGAAAGACAUAAGUGACCUUCGAGCACGGCUGCACGACCCUUCAGCCCAGCCAAGCUGCUGCGAGGGUACGAAGAAUGGUGACCUUGGUCAACAGAUCAAGAUGUUAGAUCAGAAAAUUGAGAGAGUCGCCGAAGCCACAAGAAUGCUGAAUGGACGACUGGAUAAUGAGUUUGACCGCCUCGCAGUUCCAGAACCAGAUGUGGACUUCGAUGCAAGAUGGAAUGAACUAGACGCGAGGAUCAAUGUGACGGAGAAGAAUGCCGAAGAGCAUUGCUUUUAUAUUGAAGAAACCCUUCGGGGGACCAUUAAUGGGGAGGUAGAUGACUUGAGGCAGCUUCUUGAUCAGAAGAUCCACUCCCUGGAGAACCGUCUGGGGAGCGUUCUCCUCCAAGUGGCCAAUGACUCUGAGGCUGAGCUCGCUUCCCCCAGCUUAGCCCUUCCAGGGCUGUCCGGGUCAGGGAAUGAGCAGGUCGUGAUGGAAUUAAAUCAUCUGAAGGACAAAGUGCAAAUAGUGGAGGACAUUUGCCUACAGAACUUCCAGGGAGGACCACAUAGGUUAGAAGGUACUAUACCAAAUGGAGCUGAUCACACGAGUGACAGCUUGAGCCUUUUGAUAUCUCUAAAUGACACAUUGCAUAGGAAGCUCCAAGAAACCAAACAGAGCAUCCAGAAACUCGAAGAGGACUUUAGUUUUCUUUAUUUUCAACUAAAUCACACACAAAGCAGUGUGGCUCUUCUUCAGAAUGUAAUAAGCAAUUGUAGACCAGGUAAAAAUGAUGACACAGGUGGGUUGACUAAGGGGGGUGAGCAAGAAAGAAUGAUGGAGACCCUCCCAUCUCCCCAGGACCCUGUGGCUCAGUGUUGUGGCCAGAUGGAGGAGAGGUGGCAAAAGCUGCAAGGCCAGGUACUGGCUGAGCUGGACACUUGUAAGGAAAAUACACAGGGGGUCCAGAGGGAGGUGUCUGUAGUGGAGGACAGGGUGUCUCAAAUGGAGAAGACAUGCAGCAGGCUGGACUCCAUCUCUGGAAGCCUGCAGAGGAUCAAGGAGGGAUUGAACAAGCAUGUUAACAGCCUAUGGAACUGUGUAAGGCAGAUGAACGGGACACUCAGGUCCCAUGCCAGAGACAUUUCUGGCCUGAAGAAUUCCGUCCAGCAGUUCUAUAGCCAUGUUUUCCAGAUUUCUACUGAUUUGCAAGAUCUGGUCAAAUUUCAGCCAUCAGCAACGGAGGAGCCCUCAGAAGUACCCCAGCCCCCGGCCAGGAAGACCCCUCAGUUGCCAGCCCAGCCCUCCACAGGGGAGGCGCCCACCGAGCCGCCCCAGCCCAGGCCGUCCCCUCCACAUCCGCCACCCAAGGACCCUGUGCACCGGCUGCACACAGGCCAGUGGCCUGUGCUGCCCCAGAGACCCCAGCAGCCUCUACCCCUGCCUGGCAGGCCAGGGCUAGCCUUGCCUGGCUCCACAGGGGUCCUCAUGGAGACUGGAGAGGCUGGGCCUCCAGGGAGGAUGGGCAUGUCAGGCAGGGGCCUGCCCCAGGGAGUGGAUGGCCAGAUGGGGCAGGCGCCCAUCCCCAGUGCUGAAGGCUACGCAGGUGCACCAGGCUACCCCAAAUCACCUCCUGUAGUGCUCCCAGGAACUCCAAUGCCUGCCCUGGUGUCUUUUUCUGCUGGGCUUACACAGAAGCCUUUUCCCAGUGAUGGGGGUGUCGUCCUCUUUAACAAGGUGCUAGUAAAUGAUGGCGACGUUUACAACCCUAACACAGGGAUCUUCACCGCCCCAUAUGAUGGGCGCUACCUGAUCACAGCCACCCUCACUCCCGAGAGAGAUGCCUAUGUGGAAGCAGUCCUGUCUGUCUCUAAUGCCAGUGUGGCCCAACUGCACACCGCCGGGUAUAGGAGAGAGUUCCUGGAGUACCACCAUCCCCCUGGGGCUGUGCACACUUGUGGAGGCCCAGGGGCAUUCCACCUCAUUGUGCAUUUGAAGGCGGGAGAUGGGGUCAACGUUGUGGUGACUGGGGGGAGGCUGGCUCACACGGACUUUGAUGAAAUGUACUCCACCUUUAGUGGGGUUUUCUUAUAUCCUUUCCUUUCCCAUCUCUAGGGUGAACAGUAAGGGGAGGGAGGACUGUAAAAACUCCAAAGCUUUAAUAUAUUCAAUUUAUGUAACUGGAGCACUGAUCUAGUUUUCUGCAUCAACUCCUCCACCUGCCCCCCAGAUAAAGGCCUUAUUGAGGCCACCACCCCUUAUAGUCUCCAGGCACCAGGGAGGAGUUGACCAUCGUUCACGUGGCCACUCCAACUGGGCAACUGGAAGACCUAGAAAGCCCUCUUGCCUGGAAGCUGGCUCCUCUCUCACAUCUUCCCAGCCUGCAGCUCCGUUUGCAGUUCCUGGGCUGGGCCUACCCUGUGUUACCUGUGGAGCCUCACACUGCUUCCCCAUAGGGCUGGCCAUAGGACCGUGUCCUGCUGCUGAUGGGAGAGGAAGAGCAAUUGGCUAACGUGGUCACCCACAGUUGGUCUUCACUGGAAAGCAAUACUGCAGCCAUUGUCUCUCCUUACCCAGCAGGAAAAAAGUUUAAACACUGAAGUGCUGAGGUGGCCCAUAGCCACACACAGGGUUCCAGAGUUUACAGUUUGGGUUGUUUUAUGCGUGGCUCACCAUUGCUGCCUGGACUCAUCCCUGCUCACCUGGGCCUUGGCACCACUACAAAGUGGGCUGCAACAAAGACUAUGAAGAUUGUUGGGCUCCUUAAAUGACAUGUACAAUAUAAGUGCAAAGACAGGGAGUUUCAAUGAAGAUAUUAAACCACUUUAAGUUACUUACGUCUGGUGCUUUGUGAUUGGGCAUUAUUACUGAAAACCAAACUGUACAAAAGUAACUGACUUUAAAAAAAUGGCUGUAGAAAGUAAUCUUGCAUAAACUAAUCAACUACAAAACCGUUACCAGUCAACAUCCAGGCUGUGCACUUAGGUUUUGCUUCUGACUUGUAAACAUAGACUAGAUGUGCUUGGAGGUUACCUCUCCCCAUCUCACACAAAGCUGCAGGAGGGGAUCCUCCAGGGGAGGCUGAAAACUCAAGUCUAAUUAGCAGAUCUGGUCUCAGGCUAAUGAGACUUAACCUCAUUGCUCCACUACUUAGCUCACUCACAGACACAGUUUUACGAACUCAGGUUUCUAAGCAACAAGAGGGCCAACAUAAAACAUGGCUGGCUGGAGGCUGAGAUCAUCUGAGAAGGCAUCUUCCCAGAGAGAGUGCUCUCUGUUCUAAGAGGCUGAGGCAUGGUUA